AAAAGAACACUCUACCAUUUAAAAGUUUGUUAGACGGAGAAGAUCGAUGGACGCUGAUGGAGUCACCGCCUCUUCCUCUCCAAACGCUGCUGACGAAGGUGUGAAUAAUUAUAAAAAAGAUGGUGAUGAGUUGUAUGAGAGAGUGUGGCGAGCAUGCGCGGGAGAAUGUGUAUAUAUCCCCCGUGUCGGAGAUAAGGUGCUGUACUUCCCUCAGGGCUACUUAGAACAGGUUGCUUCAUUCACUCAGCAUCAGCAAGAUGGUCACGUGGAUAUUCCUGUGCAUAAUCUACCUUCUAAGAUCCUGUGCCGGGUUGUGUCUGUUCAGUUAAAGACUGAAGCUUCUAGAGACGAGGUUUUUGCUCAAGUUACUCUACUUCCAGAGUCCAAGCAAGAUGAACUUAGUUCCAAGGACACAGACACAGCUCAGAUACCCAGCAGAUCUUCUGUAUACUCCUUUAGCAAGAUACUUACUUCAUCAGACUCUGGUGCUCAUGGCGGAUUCUCUAUUCCCAAGAGGCAUGCUUAUGAAUGCUUCCCCCCUCUGGACAUGACUCUUAAACCCCCAGCACAAGAGCUUGUUGCAAGAGACUUGCAUGGGUACGACUGGCGCUUCCGACAUAUAUUUCGUGGUCAGCCAAGACGAAACUUACUUACUAGCGGUUGGAGCACAUUUUUAAACUCCAAAAAACUUGCUGCUGGAGAUACAUGCAUAUUCUUCAGGGGAGAAAACGGAGAACUCCGAAUUGGGGUUCGUCGAGCUAUGAAACGGCAAAAUAUUGCAUCCCCAUCUGCUUCUCUGAUAUCAGCUCAUAGCAUGCAACUAGGAAUACUGGCAAGUGCUUCCAAUGCUGUUGCCACAGGAUCCAUGUUCACUGUAUACCACUACCCUCGGACGAAUCCCUUUGAAUUUAUCAUUCCUUUGCAACGCUACAUGAAGUCAACUCAAAUGAGCUAUGCAACUGGUAUGAGAGUACAAUUGCUGCUUGAUGUUGAAGAACCUAGAAAAAGAUAUGCAGGUACAGUAAUCAGUAUGGAAGAUUUUGAUGGCAUUAGGUGGCCUGGUUCUGAAUGGAGAAGCCUCAAGGUCCAAUGGGAUGCUACACCGCAUGCAGAUAUGCAUCCAGAAAGAGUUUGUCCUUGGUGGAUUGAGGCCUUGGACUGUGCCAAGCAGAAACACAUUCCUAUUCUCCCCGCACCAAAGAAAGCCCGUCCAAAUAACCUGCCGUUGCCUGAAUUAAGUGGCUUUGUCAAGGAUGAGAUAAUUCGGUAUUCAUCUAAGCCUACAGCUCAGAGAUUGGAAAGGGACUUACAAGGUCAAGACUACAAUGAUGUAGCUUCUCCACAGCCUGUGCUAAAACAACCAUCAUCAAAGGUUAUUUGUAACUCAAACCUUGGGAUUGAGAAUCAGCUUCGAAUUCCGAUUCAAGACCCUGUUCACCAGUGUACUGGAAGCUCAAUGUCGUUUCCACAUGAAGACUUGUCAACUUCCAGUUCAAAUGCGUACUGUCCGGGAUCUGAAUCCCAAGGAUGGCCUUCUUCUGAAUCUAAAGAUGAAAACGAUGUUCCUUUUGGCCCACAUAGCAGUUGUACUACAUACAAGCUUUUUGGGAUUUACUUAACUGAUUGCCAAUCGGAGCUCCCUUCACCACAAUUUUCUGCUUACAGCAAGAUUCCAAGUACCAUUUCUAUUCCUCCAAUGUCUCACUCAAGUAUUUAUGCAACAAUCCAGGCAGCAAAACAGUGCGGAAAUAUUCAAGGUGUUUCCUCAGAGAAAAGAUGCAAGAAGUGUCGCUCUGAUAAUAGUAGAAGUUGCACAAAGGUUCUUAAGCAAGGAACUGCUCUUGGCAGAGCAAUUGAUCUCACUCGUUUUGCUGGAUAUGACGAACUCAUUUCUGAACUUGACUGGAUGUUUGAUUUUGGCGGAGGCUUAAUUAAUGGAAGCAGUGGAUGGCAUGUGACCUGCAUAGACGAGGAUGGAGAUAUUUUGCUCCUGGGAGAUUUCCCAUGGCAGGACUUUCGAUCCAUGGUGCAAAAGAUGAUAAUACGUCCAAAGGAUGCAAUUAACAAUCCUAGUCCAAGCUCCUCUGCAUAUCCUGCAAGCAUUUAGUGGGUGUCUGAUCUCUCAUUCCCUGACUUUGCGGGCACCAGGAAAGUCCUAUGCUGCAGUAGUUGUGCAUCUAUGCUUGUUCUCUCUCAAAAUUAUGUGAAUGCUGGCUUUAUUGAUAUAUAGCAAAAACUUUGCAAUAAUAGCAAAAUUCAGUGUUAAAAGCUGAAAAUUUUGCUUGUAUUUUAAGAAAUAAAAUUUUCCAGAUAC